AUGCCGGCAUUGAUAUCUCAACACGACCCGGACUUCAUUCUGCACAUCGGUGUGGCAGGCGGACGUGACUGCUAUUCUCUGGAGACCCGAGCCCAUCGCGACGGAUACCGGAUAAAGGACGUCGACGACACCGAUGGCUUCAGCCAUGGUGAGAGUCUCUGGAAGAAAGAAGGGGUACCGGACGUCUUGCUUGUGGGUUGGGACGAAGCGGAUGUGCUGAGCAGAUGGGAACGCGGAGUGGAAGCCGGCCUCAACGAGCGAGGGUUUCUGGGUCCUGUACCACAGACCAACUCGGUAGCGUCAACUUCUACUACUACCACCACCACCACCUUUUCUUCCUUGUCGUCACAAGCCAACAAUGUCAAUGUCAAUGUGAACUCGAUAUGGGGUCCAGGCACCACCGCCGCCAAUGUCGCUGCCGCAGUUGCCACGGCGAGGGCGCAAGAGAACAGACGAAGGGGCGUGGUGAAAUUAUCGCGCGACGCCGGCCGGUUUUUGUGCGAGUAUGCUCUUUUCGAAAGCUUGAGUGUACGCUGGCUCGAUGCCCAUCGGUAUAAACACCCGCAUUUACACCCGCACCUACUUCCCGAGGCGGACGGACAUGCGUUGUCAACACCAGAAGCAAAAGCAGAAGCGAAAGCAGAAGCAGAAGCAGAAGCAGCUCCGUCAUUGGCAUCGCACCAAGACUCGCAGUCUUCGAUAACAACAUCCACAUCAACGACUUUUCCAUCUCAAGCAACAAACGAGUUCCAGUCCCAGUCCAAUCUCGCACCUGAAGGGCAAGCAUCAUCGAAUCCUAACCAAAACCUCAAUCCCGGCGAGCCCGAAGAGACCCGCAAGAAACAACUCGCCCUCGAGCGGCUGGGAAAAGUCGCGUUUUUGCAUGUCCCAGGCUGGACGGGCGUCGAAGACAUCAACCGAGGCGUGCUUAUCGCCGAAGAAGCGAUCCGCGCGCUCGUGGCGAGUUGGGAAGAUGGGUUUCGCAGAACCGUGGGUGGAAGUGGAGGUGGAGGGAUCGGAGUAUCUGCUGCUGCUAUGGGUGCGCCGUUGCCACAGCUGGACGGAACAGCUUUCACCAGUCAGCAUUCCGAGUCUUAUGGUCUCGCUCACACUCCCGCUCAAGAUGCGGCCGGGUUUAUAUCUGGAGGUGGUGCCGGUGGGAUUGAGACUGGCAAGACUGAAGGGAUCAACUGGGCGGCGUGA